GACAGUUAUUAGGCGGCGCGAGGCGGCCGGCAUGGAGCUCUUGGAGGCGCGGCAGGGACCGGUGUGCGGCAGCACGACAGCAGUGGCAACCCCAAUUCCCUCCAGCCACCGCUCCCUGUUCUGGGUCCCCGGCCCUUAGACGCCUCUUCCCAAGUUUGUCCUUCCUUUAAUGGAUUUCUUUCAGGCUGAACAGAUGCCGAGUUUGCCCGCUGAGCUCACGGGCAACAACUUAGAGCUGGCGGAGCCAGCGGCAUCAGUGCCCCGUGUUGAUUCGGGCCAUCCGGAGGCAGCUACAGAAGGUCUCUCACCUCUGCCUCUGCGGGAGCCAGAGGAGCCUCCUACGGCUUCCACGACCGAGUGCAAAGUCCUGCUCACACAGGCAGACGCCCUGGCGUCCGGGGGGCGCCUCCGGGAAGCCCUCGAGGUAUACCGACAGCUGUCGGAGCGGCAGCAGCUGGUGGCUGAGCAACUGCAGCAGCUGGUGAGCUGCCUGGCAGAGAACAUCCGGACAGGAGAGGAGCUGGCGCCAGCGCCCGCGGUCGGGGGCAGCGCUGCGAGCUGUGUGGUGGGGGCGGAAGAGGCAGGGGUGGCAAACGCCACUGAGGCCACCGAGUUGUGGGAUGGCUUCAAGUGCCGGAAGUGUCACGGGUUUCUGUGGGACCCCGUGUCCUUGUCGUGCGGCCACACCUUUUGUAAAGUUUGCCUGGAACGCGGGCGGGCAGCCGACCGGCGCUGUGCUUUGUGCGGGGUCAAGCUCUCAGCGUUGAUGGUAGCCACCGGGCUGGCGCGCGGAGCCCGGCGGGCUGGGCAGCAGGCGCCGCCGCCACUGCGGGUCAAUGUGGUGCUCAGCGGUCUCCUUGGCAAGUUGUUCCCUGCUCGAGCUCGGGCAUCGCAACUCCGCCACGAGGGCAACCGGCUGUACCGCGAGCGCCAGGUGGAGGCGGCACUACUCAAGUACAACGAAGCAGUCAAACUAGCACCAAAUGACCAUUUACUUUAUAGUAACCGGUCACAAAUUUAUUUCACCUUGGAGUCGCAUGAGGAUGCACUGCAUGAUGCAGAAAUAGCAUGUAAGCUCCGCCCAAUGGGCUUUAAGGCACACUUCAGAAAGGCGCAAGCAUUGGCCACCCUAGGCAAGGUGGAGGAAGCACUAAGAGAGUUUCUAUACUGCGUUUCACUGGAUGGAAAGAACAGGAGAGCAAGAUCUGAAGCCCAAAGGCUUCUCCUUAGUUUCUUUUCACCAUCAGUCCCGGGGGAGUCUCAGGAACAUUCUCCCGAUAUCCUGAAGCUGUUGGCACCUCAGCUUAGAUUAAAGGAACAAGUAGAGUCAAUGGCUACUGAAGGCAACAGCCAUAAUCUACCAAAGUUGUCACAGGAAAAUGAGGAACUCCCCCAUUGUUCUAGACAGGAGGAAGGAGCAGCCAGUGGGGACUGCAACAUCCAGAUGAAUCCUGCGGAAGUAAAGGGGCAUGGGCAGCAAGGCAUCACGAAAAACCAGGAAGAAGAGGACGAAAAGGGGUACCCUGCCUCUCCAGAAGCUGCAUCCAGACAGACUAGCAAAAGCCAGGAAAGGAAAAGGAAACAUUUUCAAGUUGAACCCAAAGACCCAGACGUUCCUACUAAAGUCUUUAAGCCAGAACCUCCUGCUGAUUUGGAGGACCUGCCUGCUGUCAGUAUUCCACUCCCAUCUUUUGAUGCAACCGACCUUGAAUGUGCCCUAUGUAUGAGAUUAUUCUAUGAGCCAGUCACAACACCGUGUGGACACACAUUUUGUUUGAAAUGUCUUGAGAGAUGCCUAGACCACAAUGCGAAAUGUCCACUGUGCAAAGAUGGUCUUUCACAGUGCUUGGCAUCAAGAAAGUACAACAAAAACGUUAUAAUGGAAGAGCUAAUAGCCAAAUUCCUUCCAGAAGAACUCAGUGAACGAAAGAGGCUUUAUGAAGAGGAAAUGGAAGAACUUUCUAACUUAAAUAAGAAUGUGCCUAUUUUUGUGUGUACUAUGGCCUAUCCCACCGUUCCUUGUCCCCUACACAUAUUUGAGCCUUGCUACCGUCUGAUGAUUCGUAGAUGCAUUGAGACAGGCACAAGACAGUUCGGCAUGUGCCUUGGAGAUCCUGUCAAGGGGUUUGCAGAAUAUGGCUGCAUCCUAGAAAUCAGACAUGUUCAGUUCUUUGCCGAUGGCCGUUCAGUGAUUGACAGUGUGGGCAAGAGGCGCUUUAGGGUCCUUCGUCAGGGCCAGCGGGAUGGCUACAACACAGCCGAUAUUGAAUAUAUUGAAGACCAAAAGGUUCUAGGAGAGGAUUAUGAUGAACUCAUGGGAUUACAUAACUGUGUCUAUGAACAAGCAUCAUCAUGGUUUCAUUCGCUCAAAAAUUCUCUUAGGAAUCGGAUAAUCAAUCACUUUGGUCCAAUGCCAGACAAAGAUGCGGAUCCUCAGAUUAACCCAAAUGGUCCAGCCUGGUGCUGGUGGAUAUUAGCAGUUCUGCCACUGGAAAGCCGUGCUCAGCUUCCAUUCCUAGCAAUGAGGUCCUUGAAGGAUAGACUGAAUGGCAUUCGGCGCAUCCUCGCCUUUAUAGCACGAAACCAAAACUAGUGAGAGUGGAUUGAUGAAGAGGAAUUUUCACCCUCUCUACUGCCUAGGGGAGUCAUCUUGUAAAUAUAUUUAAUUGCAAUAACAGCUUAACUGAAGGAAGUAUCAAAUAGAGGCAUUACCCUGCUGUUGAUUACAGAGAGAAAUUCAAUUGAAAGACCAAAUAAUGUGACUUGUUAGAAACUUUCUGUGUUAAGAUACUUCUUGACACGCUGCACAACUAUACCCACAGCAGAGGUGUUAGAGAGCGCAGAAAAAAAUUGCUCUUGACAUAAAAUUUUCUGAAAGUUUAAAGUG